UGGCAUCAAGGUUGAUUUCUAGACAAUGAUUUAGAGAGAUAAGAUAAAGUUUUUAAAACGCACUGCCUACUUUAUAGAAUUGUUAUUUAUAUCGUGGGUUUUGAUCCGUGCGCGAAAUAAUAAAAUAAAAUCGUCCGACGCUUCGACAAGCUCAUUUGCCAAGUUCCAUUCAGUUUUACGCGCAUUUGUGGCAUAUCGAUACAUAUGCGUAUAUUAGGAAUACAAUUAAUUACCUAAAGGUCCGAAACUCAAUUUGUUUUAAAAGUAAAAGUGUUGAGUGGUGUUUAAUGCAAAUACAUCGUAUGAAGGACGGACUACUUGUGCAUUUGUUUUUAUUAAAGUUGUUGUUCAUAAAAAAAAGAGUAAUGCCAUUGAGUGUAUACAUUAAAGCAGUGUUGCCAGUGGUUUAAUUUUUCUUUUAAUGUCAUACUUUGAGUUUUAAUAAUUUUUUAAAUAGAUCUCGUUUAAUGUUAGUGACAUAAGCGAUUUUUCGUUCAAGGUCAUUAUUAACGUAGACUUUCCAGCGUUUAGAAAAUGUCUUGUGACAUCCAACUGGACAACUACCAGGGGCAGUAUUACCCGGGAGACUCUAUCAUGGGAAAAGUGAUUUGUUCAUUCGAUGAAUCGAUAAAUAUCAGAGGUAUAAUACUGAAGCUGAAGGGGGACGAACGUAACGCUUGGACACGACGUAGAAAAAAGAAAACCGUCCAUUGCAAGGGACAUAAUAGAUUUUUGUACGUUGAAAAUUCCCUACACGGAGAAGGUGAUAUAGGACCUGGUAGAUACGAGUACCCUUUCACCUUCCAACUACCCCACAACCUUCCCAGCACAUACCAAGGACAUUAUGGAGGAGUAACCUUUAUCCUGAAAGUUAAAGUUGACAGGCCUUACAGAUUUGAUUACACUGAUUCGAUAGAGGUCAUUGUAGCCUCCCCUAUAAACUUGAAUCAGAUGAGGGAAGCACUUUGGUUGGAACCAAGCUCUUACUCUGUUGAUAAGGACGUAUGUUGUUGGUGUUGCACAAGUGGUCCCAUAACCAUGGAAGUACAUCUACAGAAAGAAGCUUUUGUGGUGGGGGAAGUGGCAAAAAUGAGGGUGGAUAUAACCAAUAUGUCCAACAAAAGUAUUGAGAGCGUCAGAGUUAAGUUGAAAAUGGAAGUUAAGUCCAUGGUAACUCAUCCAAGAGACGAAAGUAAGAGCAACUCCGAGUUGCUAGCAACUAACAGUGAUACAGGUGUAGGGGCACACGGACAGCGGUCUUACGAUCUUAAUUUAGAAAUUCCUCAGUCUGCCCAGGUGCCCAAUUUCGAACAAUGCGUACUCUUCAGUCAGAAAACCAAACUAGAGGUAACUGCGGUACUACCAGGAUGUCACACCAAUCUGAAGGCGGUUGCGUAUGUUACCAUAGGUCACAUACCCAUUGACGGGUUUAAUCAAAAUCUAGGGCAUGAACCAAAAAAACACCCACCUGAUACCGCAGCAGACAUACCCCCAUAUGCGCCUGGACCAAUAGGCUUCAUCAACCCGCAAGAGGCGACUGCCGCGCCCAGCGCUCCUCCCUCAGAGGGCGGGCCCUCGGCUCCUCCCAAGAAAGAGGCGGCAGAUGAUUUCGGGCCCUCUGAGUUACCACCACCUUCGUAUAAUGAAGCUGUUUCCCACACGCAACGUUAAUGGCUACCACGUGACAAAUGGUUCUUGUUCACUGACAUAUGCUCUGUUGCUGUACAUCCUCGUCUCUAUAAACAUUGUGCUUUAAAGUAACAAAUUUUUAUUAAAAACUUUUUUCCGUUUUU